CCUUUUAGUUUAGGGUUUGCGUUGCUUUUGUUUUAGCAGCCGCCUUCGUCGCCCUUCCCUCUAUAUCUCUCAUCUCGCAUCUUCUCUUCCUUAAUAAUCAAUCUUUAGUCUCCUCUUCUUCCAUCUUUACGAUCUUCUCCGCUGCGUCAAUCGGCCGCUCGUCUUCUUCUUCCACCUUUUCUUCCAUCUUUCAUCUUCUCUUCUUUCAUCUCCAUUUUUCUUUCGAUUUUUAUUUAUGUAUGGAGAGAUGAACAUCUGAAUCAUCCUAAUUCUCAUAAUAAUGGCUUUGCGCCACAACGAAAGAAAAAGGGGUACAGCGAUCCCAUUCCUUCUUCUUUCUCUUUCCAUUUCCUUUUGGGGCCAACCAUUUCUGCAAUUAUUGGGUUGUUCAGCGGCGUAAACCUCAUUUUUCAGCCAGUUCCACCUUCCUCUGCUGUUUUUUGGUCGAUCACUCUCGUACCCUUCAAUUUUUUCCAUCUGGGCAAAGCUCCACCGACGUCUAUGCUAUGGCGGAAUCCGAGCAUCGUGCUAAGCGCCCUAGAAUUACGAGGGGGGAAGAUGAUUAUAUGCCUGGAAGUAUAAUUGAGAUUGAGCUUCAUAACUUUAUGACCUUUAACCACCUGAAGUGUAAACCAGGAUCGCGUCUAAACCUUGUAAUUGGGCCUAAUGGAUCUGGUAAAAGCUCUAUUGUAUGUGCUAUUGCCCUUGGCCUUGGUGGUGAGCCUCAGAUUGGUUACUUUCUUUUGCAGCUCCUUGGAAGGGCAACCAGUGUUGGAGCAUACGUGAAGCGUGGGGAGGAGUCUGGUUAUGUUAGAAUAACCUUGAGAGGGAAUACUAAAGAAGAGAAGAUUACAAUUACACGUAAAAUGGACACGCACAACAAAUCUGAGUGGCUGUUCAAUGGAAAAGUUGUGCCGAAAAAAGAUGUAGCUGGAGUCAUUCAAAGGUUUAAUAUUCAAGUUAAUAAUUUAACUCAAUUUUUACCUCAGGACAGGGUUUGUGAGUUUGCCAAAUUAACUCCUGUGCAACUUUUAGAAGAGACUGAAAAGGCAGUUGGUGACCCUCAACUUCCUAUCCUACAUCGUGCACUUGUUGAUAAAAGCCAUGGCAUAAAAAGUAUUGAAAGAGCUGUUGAGAAAAAUGGUGAAACCCUAGAUCAGUUGAAGGCAUUAAAUGUUGAGCAAGAGAAAGAUGUUGAGCAUGUUCGUCAAAGAGAUGAACUUUUAAAAAAGGUUGAGUCCAUGAAAAAGAAACUGCCAUGGUUAAAGUAUGACAUGAAAAAGGCUGAAUACUUGGAAGUUAAGGAAAAAGAAAAGGAGGCCAAAAAGAAGUUAGAUGAAGCUGCUAACACUUUGAAUGAUCUAAAGGAGCCAAUUGAGAAACAAAAAAUGGAGAAGGCAAAGUUGGAUGCUAAAACUAAAAAGUAUAGCACUCGUAUUAAUGAUAAUCACAAGAAAAGGAUGGAACUUCAGGAAACUGAAAACCGUUUGGGGGUGCAAGUGCAAGGAAAAUUGAAAGAAAUGGAAGACUUGAGGAAACAAGAAGAAUCUCGUCAACAGAGAAUCUUACGAGCUAAAGAGGAACUUGAAGCUGCUGAGUUUGAACUUCAGAGUUUGCCUGCUUAUGAACAUCCCAAGGACGAGAUCGAACGGUUGCGUGCUCAAAUUUUGGAAUUGGAAGCUUCAGCUAGUCAGAAGAGACUUAUGAAGUCAGAGAUUGAGAAAAACAUUUCCCAAAAAAGAAAUAAUUUGAGGCAAUGCUCGGAUAGGUUAAAGGAUAUGGAGAAUACUAAUACAAAACUACUACAGGCAUUGAAAAAUUCUGGAACAGAGAAGAUCUUUGAAGCUUAUCACUGGCUUCAAGAACAUCGCCAUGAGUUCAAGAAGGAGGUGUAUGGUCCAGUGUUGCUAGAGGUUAAUGUGUCUAAUCGGACUCAUGCUGACUACUUAGAAGGUCAUAUUCCAUCCUAUGUCUGGAAGUCCUUCAUCACCCAAGAUUCCGAUGAUCGCGACAUUAUGGUAAAAAACUUGGGCUCUUUUGGCGUUCCUAUCUUAAACUAUGUGGGAGGUGAAAGGCGCACAAAUCAGCAUUUUGAGUUGUCUGAGGAGGUUCGUGCAUUUGGCAUAUAUUCUCGGCUAGACCAAAUUUUUGAAGCUCCUGCAGCUGUAAAGGAGGUUUUAACCAUGCAGUUUGGUUUAGAACAUUCAUAUAUUGGUUCAAAGGUAACUGAUCAAAAGGCAGACGAGGUCUCAAAAUUGGGAAUUUUAGAUUUUUGGACUCCAGAUAAUCAUUAUCGAUGGUCUCGCUCUAGAUACGGUGGUCAUAUGUCCGGAAGUGUGGAACCAGUUGAUCGCUCACGUCUUCUUUUGUGCAACUUGGAUGCGGGAGAAAUUGAUGGGCUUCGCUCUAGGAAAAAUGAGCUAGAAGAAUCUGUUUCUGCCUUAGAAGAAAAUUGUAAAUCAUGUCAGAAUGAGCUAAGAUUGAUAGAAGACGAAGAAGCUAAACUUCGCAAACAUCGGGAAAACAUUUUAAAUACUGUGCAACAUGAGAAGAGAAAACGACGUGAGAUGGAAAAUCGCAUUGAUCAAAGGAAAAAGAAAUUAGAAUCUAUGGAGCGGGAAGAAGACUUGGAUACUGUUGUGGCCAAGCUUGUCGACCAAGUUGCAAAUUUUAACAUUCAGAGGUUCCGUUGUGCAAUUGAAAUUAAGCAUUUGCUUCUUGAAGCCGUUUCCUAUAGACAGAGCUUGACUAAGAACCAUAUGUCUUCCAUUGAAAUUGAAGCAAAGAUCAGAGAAUUGGAGGUUAAUCUAAAGCAGCAUGAAAAGGUUGCUCUGCAAGCGUCAGUGCAGUUUGAGUACUGCAAGAAGGAAGUUGAGGACUAUCUACAGCAACUUUCAGCUGCCAAGAAGUAUGCAGAAUCUAUUGCUGCAAUCACACCUGAACUUGAGAAGGAAUUUCUUGAGAUGCCUACUACAAUUGAGGAAUUGGAGGCUGCUAUUCAAGAUAACACCUCUCAAGCUAAUUCCAUUCUAUUCUUAAACCAUAACGUGCUUGAGGAAUAUGAACAUCGUCAGCGUCAGAUAAACAUUAUUGCACGAAAACUAGAGGCUGAUAAACAUGAACUAAGGAAGUGUAUGGCUGAAGUUGAUGACCUGAAGGGAAAUUGGCUCCCAACAUUAAGAAAGCUUGUUUCUCAGAUAAAUGAAAGUUUUAGUCGCAAUUUUCAAGAGAUGGCUGUUGCUGGAGAAGUGUUACUGGAUGAGCAUGAUAUGGACUUUGAUCAAUUUGGAAUACUUAUUAAAGUGAAGUUCAGACAAUCAGGUCAGCUUCAGGUUCUCAGUGCACAUCAUCAAUCUGGAGGGGAACGAUCUGUGUCAACAAUUCUGUAUCUCGUUUCCCUUCAAGACCUUACCAACUGCCCAUUUAGAGUAGUUGACGAGAUAAACCAAGGAAUGGAUCCCAUAAAUGAACGGAAGAUGUUCCAGCAAUUAGUGAGAGCUGCCAGUCAAACCAAUACACCACAGUGUUUCCUAUUGACUCCAAAGUUACUUCCAGAACUGGAAUAUAGUGAGGCCUGUACUAUACUGAAUAUAAUGAAUGGUCCUUGGAUCGAGCAGCCCUCAAGAGGUUUUCUUCUCUUCCCUUUGUGUUGUUUCCCGAGUAACAUCGCUUACGAUCCACUACCCACUUUGUAAAAUUUGUGUAUUACAGCAUGGAGCAAUGGAGAUAGCUGGGGAACGUUGAUGAACUACGUAGGGAAAAGCCGAUGUUGAUUGUCAUUAGCGGAUUUCUGUGCUGAGGAAGGCAAUGUUCGAUUAGAGUUCUUUCUAUGAAGGUUGCCAUGUUCUCACAUCAAAUAGCUGCUAGUCCUUCAACGAUUGUGAUUCAGUUUAUGCUUUCAUUUUGUAUAGUUGAACCAUUAAAUUCUUUUGUAAAGUUAUCUAUCAUAUCGGAGUACUGAUGAAUUAAAUUAAAAAUUUCCUCCAUUUUCAA